CGUUUCUAUUUUCUGGUGUGAAAGGUAAGUUGCCAUUUGAGAUGGUAAAUUGUCUGUUUUAAAUGACAAAACAAAGCAGUUCAGAGCAGAUUAGGGAAAUGCUGAUUGAGCAAGUUGAAGGCCAUUCAUAGGUCUACAAGAAUAAGGGCCGAACAUUUGCCAGCAUCAGAGAGGGUUACUUUUGACCCUUAGGAGAGGUGUCUCUGUGCUGUGAUGCUAAUGAAACAAUACAAAUAUAAAUGACAGUUGUGUAUUCAAAUAGAUAUUAAGAUGAGAUAAGAACCUUAUUUAUCUCUGAGGGGGAACAGAGGGGACAAUAUUAAGAUAUUUAUGCACAAUUUUCAGAAAUUACAAUUAAUUUCUGACCGUAAUCCCACUCUGAUUCCCAUGUUAAUGCUGACAACCUUAGAAUAACUAUCAUUUAGAAGAUCACCUUCAUCAAAACCAGCUGAAGCUGCCAUAAGAAAGCAAUAGAGCAAAACAUGCCAUAUAAUACAUGCAACAUACAGAACAGAUUGUAUCCAUAAUAAGGUGAAUGUAUCUAGUUGUAUCUUUUUUGUUUUGUGGCCCUCUGUCUUUAAAACAUGUCAGAUAUUCUGUUUUUUAUUUGACUGUGGCAGCUAUCUCAAACAAAAAGCUGAAGAUUUUGCAUGUAUGAAACAAAUGCUUAAAGAAAUUUGUUAUUCAGCCUAACAGAAGUAUUUUUUCUUACUGUAGAUGCAUUUAAAAGGAGCGUGCUGCACUGCAAACAUGGAGAUGGAUGUUUGUUUUUACUAGUGAUCCUUGAUGCUUUCUCUCAGCAGAGAGGAGCUUCAGAGAUGGACACAGAACCUGUUUGUGCUGCACUAUCCUUCUACAAAGAUUGUAUGUGUUUAAGAUAAUGCAUCACUCUAGCAGAGAGAUCACAACAUCUGCACAUGUAACCUUGUUGUGUAUGUCUGAGACAUACUGUAUCUACAAGAGUUAUUUCAUUCUACAUUGCUAAAUGAACAUCCAAAGUUUUCAUCUUGACUUUUCCUGGACUUCUCUUAAUUGUCUUGCAAAAAAAUCUGGGUGGUUAGAGUCAGGAAAAUCGAAGCAAAACUACACAUAGCAUUAAAAACUGAAAGUAAAGUAAUAAUUGACUGCUUCAAUUCUCAAUCCUGGUGAUAAUUUUAAACAUCAUAUAGUGACUGUAGCUUUUUUUUUUUAACAGCAUAUCAUGCCCCUAAGACCAUGGCUUUGGUGGCCUUGCAAAAACAUUUCACAAAUGCAAAAAGAAAAAAAACCCUUUUUAAAUGAAAAAACAGAAUACAUAAAAAUAAUCCAAAAAAAUCCUGAAAACAAAGAAAAAUUUCUAAUGAAAUGCAAAUCUAUUUGGUGAAAAAUUGGAACAUUUCACAAACAUAAAGAUUACAAAUGAAUGCAAAAUAUUGACAGAAAAAAUGCCAAAAACAUUUAAUGUGACACAAAUUUUAUUAUUUCAAGCAUGAAAUAUUUGUUCUCCUUGUUUAGAUAUAUCCUCACUUUUGAUUUUGGUGUUUCAAGGCAUAAUUGUAUGCUUUUUAAGACAUGUUUUGGGACUUCUCAGAAUAUCUCUAAUGCUCUGUGAAGUGUUUUUCGUGUUCAUUAAAUGUUCGUUGAAUUUACCUUGAGGGCCUCCAUACCUGACCUUACCUGACAGGGAAAACAUCACAUUGAGAGAGACAUUUGUGAGUAAUUACUCUGGAAAAUUGAGACGGUCUAAGUUUGCUUCAUCUUUUCAGGACAAAUGCGUGAAAAUGGGGCAGGUAUCCAUUGAGAACAUUUUGUUUCCAUUGAAUAUUUGGGUUUAAUUUCUGUUUAUUUCACGAAAGUAAACACUUGAUUAGCCUGUUAUCCAGUUAAAAAGGUAAGGAUAAAAAACUAAUGGCUUGAAAAAUCCCUGUGCAUGGAGACAAAAAGAGAAAUUCCCUGAUCAAGCUGUGCAAACAGUGUUUUUGCAAAGGCGAACACGCGGCUGAAGCUCGAGUGAGACAUCUUAUUAAUAAACGAGCUUUGGUUUGCACCUUCCUCUAUCCUCCCCCUCGCCCUCCUCCUCCUCCUCCUCUCUCCCUCUUCACUCUCCUCACCAGCUCACCCCUCUCUCUCGCUCUCUCUCCCCCCUCUGCGGCUCUAUCUGCUGGCGCUGCAGUGAAUCUCUCCCCCGCUGUCAGAAACCGUAAAGUCAGACAGCCGGUGCUCGCUAUCUGGCCGAGAAAAGUGACAAACCGCGUUCAAGCGUCGCUGUUAUCUCAUCCUGUCGGCCCGUUAACGGACCUUUAAAUUUCUCUCCAGCCAACUGAAGACUACGCAUCGGCAAAAUGGUAAAAAAAAAAUGUGUUUUUAAUAUUUUUUUAAAGUGUAAUGUCAAUCCUCAUUUUGUAAAAACAGCUUCUCCUUCGACUGCACUGCUAGCUUUAGGCUAACCUGCUGUUAGCCGCUGUUAGCACAGAGCUGACGUAAAAAAUCGUUUGGGGCAGUUUAUUUCAAUCAUUAGGGCUUUGAUAUCGUCACAUUUACGCUUAUUACACCUUAGAUAUGACCACACAUUUACGCAAAAUCUAACACAGAUGCAUAAAUCGCUCUAAUUUGAUCAUAAUUGAAGCUUGAAAGAAAAUACAUAGAGGGAUAGUAGAGGUUUUGCUAGCAGACAAGCUAACUGGAAGAGCGUCAAGUGAACUACAAUUCAACAGAGGAAAUGACGUAAUUUUGUUACCAAAAUAAAAGCCCGUAUUUUUCAUACCGAAAUUAGUAAUAUUGACUUAAUAAAUUAACAAGGUUGCUAAUUAUUAUUUUUUUUUACAUACUCAUGCAGAAGUCUUUCUCAUCAGUACCCCAAGAUUCAGUAUUUAAUUUUCAGUCAGAGAACAGGCGGUAAUUGUAAAUUGUGAAGGAGAUAAGGUCAAAAGACAAUAGAGUUGUAAUUUGAAGAGAAUAGAGUCACAGUGAAGACAAAAUUUAAGAUUUAAGUCGUGAUAAAGUCAUAGUUUUUGUUUUUGGUAAGCAACCCACUGCCUCGUACAAAAUGAAGAACAUGGAGUCUCUUGAAUUGUACUUUUCUUGUCAUAGUAAUCAGUGUUUUGGAGAAUCAAGACCGUAAAAAGAUUGUGCAUUGUGACAUCUUACUUCAGAACAGCAUUGUUUUGCUAAUAGUUGACUCAAUUAGUGACUUAUUCUUUUAGCAUCGUGAUUGUAACAUAAUCACUUGAAUCUCAAAAUUGUAAUUCUUAUUUCUGAAUGUAGAACUAAUACUUUAUCAUGUUUUUGAAUUUGAUCAAAUCUAGAUUACAACUGAAAGCUAAGCUGAAUAAUUCAAUAAUUAUUUAUUUUCCAUUGCUCAUUAUUCAAGUAUAAAGAAGCCACUGUAGUAAGUCUUAGCCUGCUGAUACUGCACAUAGACUUCACUGUUGCACGGCUUGCGGAAUAGCUUCUAAUGAUGAAAAUCAGGUUGUGUUUACGGUCAGGAGCGUGACCAGAAUUUAUCCAUGAUAUCUUGUGAUGUAAAGGGUUACAGAACUUCUUUAGAGGCAAUAAACUGUCUUGUGAGAUCAGUACACUGAUUUGGAGGACUGAAUGAUGGUGCAACAGCAAACCAAUGAAACUGCUGUUAACAAAGACGUCAGACUGAGCAGUACCAGACCCCAUGAUUCAAUGUCUUAUUUUUUAUUUUCUGUACAUAUUAUUUAUCCAUUUUCACAUUCACUUUAUCCAACACACACACAUUUUGUAGAAGAGUAUAUACAGAUUUAUUAUAAAAGAACAUAAACUUUUUAAGGAGUUGUUCUCGCCACAAAAAGUCACUGUGGCAGAGAGAGACACAGCGGUAAAAGCUCUUAAUUACAGGCCACAGUCUGGUUCUGUAAACAGCUCUCAGACCUGGGAACAGUAUUUUAAAAAAAAAAGCUGAUAUAUCUUUAGGGGAGAACUCAGUAUUGGUCUCUGCAGUCGACAGUGAAUGCCCAUAUUAUGUGUAAACCUAAAAGCUCAUGAAAAUGAAAGCAUGGGUGAACAAGUAAACUUGUGUCCAUUAUAAGCCUCAUCAGACUAACAUGUGAAUGAUGAGACUCUUCUGUGCUUACAGACUAGUCAUAUCUUUUACUCCAUAACUAUGUCAGAAAGCAGAACUGGUUCAACAUUCAUGUCCAAACGAUGACUAGUGAAAACAUUUUAAAUAGACCUGUGCUGUUUGGCAUUGUGUCUUUUCUCUUUUAAAACUAUUUUCCAGUCAGUUCUUUCAAAAUUAAAGUUUUCCUAAAGAUACUGCUAAAGUCUCGUCUCCUGAACCCUGUCUUUUCUCAUCAGCUAAGUGCUGCAACAUGAUUUGACCAUCGACUCCACCAUCAUUGAAAAUAACCAAGCCCCUAAAGACCUAGAAAUGUGAUAUUUCUGUAUUGUGCGCAUACAAUGACAUGACAAAAACCUGUGAGCCAAGAUGAUAAAUUGUGUCGACAUGAUAAAUUGAGUGUGCAUAUAAUGUAAAACUAAAGCAAAUAGUAUCUUGUGCACACGUAAUAGCUACGUAUGCACAAGAUAAAAGCUUGUGCGAAUAAGUGUUAAAUAUCACAGUGUUAAAUAUCUCAUGUCCACAAAACGUUUUUCUCUGUUCACAAGAUAUUUACCAUGAACAUGCAAUGUAAUGUCUUGUUCGUUCAUGCAUGAUAAAUAUCUCAAUCAUGAUGGUGCAAAUUAUCUGUCCUAUAAAUGUAAUGUCUUGCAUCUUUUGUGCACAUGAUAUUGUUUUGUGCAAACAGGAUAAUUACUGAUGAUCCCUCAAAAUAUAUAUCAUGAGUGCAAGAUAUCUUGUGCACACGUGUAUCGUUAACAUGUGUUCAAGAUAAUAUGCAUUGACGCUAACUUCUGUCGCCCCCUAAAGAAUUUCUACUUUAUUACAAUGAUAUGGCCAGCACCUCAAUAUGACGUAUGCACAUCACACACAGUAACACUCACCAAACACGGCAUACUUUUUGUCACAGUACACAAAGUAACACUGGCUAAAAAAUGUGUACUGCUUGUCAUGUUACACAGAGAAACACUAGCGUAACACCACAUGCUGCUGGUCAUGGACCACAGUACACAGACUAUAACUGUCACCACAAUGUGUACAUCUCGUCACGGUACACGGAGUAACAGUCGUGACUCACCGCAUACUGCUCGUCAUGGUACACAGACUGUAACUGUCUGCACAGCAUGUAGGCUACUAAAGUUACUCUUCACAGCACACAGACUCCCAGCAGUAAGUUACACACAGCAACAUGGGCUAAACACACCUUGUUACUUACUGCUCAUUAGGACUAAUGUUACACAAUGUGGCGAAUACCAGGCUGUUUAUGAUACAUUACAUUUAUAGCAUCAUUUACAAGAAAAUAAUAAAGUACUCCAGUAUAUGGGAUAGCAACACAUCCUGCUCAUAAUGAACAGAGUCACUUAUCCAGCAGUAUCAAGGCAACAUCAGUGUUGAAUCUCAGUCCAAUCUCCUCCUUCACGGCUUUCCAUCGAGGAAAAGCGACACCGAUGUAAAUCUGAGUUAGUCUUCUACGUUUGUCAACAAACAACGGACCUCCACGUAGAAUGCGUCAUUUCCUUUGCGCCAGUGCAGGAAUGUCGCCCCUUGACACCAAAUACAAAAAGAAAAAAAUCCUGAAAAAUACUGUGAGUUGAUAGAGGAGCCGACCGGCUUAAUCAGUGUUGUAUCAUCUUCUCUUGUUGUGGCUUGGGUGAGACGGAUAUAUACAGACACAUAGAUUUUACGCACUAUAGCUUUAAUAUAAGAAGAAGUUUAUUUACUCUAGAGGGGAAAUUUGAUAAUCAAAAUAAAACUUACCUUUAGGGAUCAAGCUAAUUAUUAUAUUUACCCCAAAUGAUAGUGUUUUGCAUGCACGUGAUAAUUAUCUUCUGCAUACAUAAUCAUUUUAAGAGCACAAGAUAUUUAUCACGUUCAUUCGAGAUAACACAAAGUCUUGCUUGCAUAUGCUAUAAAUCUUGUGUGAUCAGGAUAAGUUAUCUUUUGUACACAAUAAUUAUUUUGUACACAAGUUAAUUAUUUUAAAUUUUUCCCACAAAAUAAAAUGUGCACUCGCAUGAUUAAUAUCUUGUGCAAUCUAGAAUCUAGAUUGUUAUUUUGUGAGCACAUGAAAAUUAUCUUGUACACGUUACAGUUAUCUUGAUUAUAUGAAAUAAUUGUCUGCUCGCUGGCAAUUAUCUUGUGUAAGCAUGAUAAUCAUCCUGAGAUAAUAUUACACUUUUGGUAAAUGUUAUUUUAAGAUUGUAUUCCGUAACACAGUUGCCCCCCUUCUGUUUGUAACAUCUGAAAAUCAGGCAAUACAAAGUAAAGGUGACAACGUAUUUGCAGGCUUUGCUUUGCAUGGGUGUUUUAUUUUGUAAAUACUGACAGGAAGGGCUGAACUGUUGAAGGAGGAAAUGUGGGGCUCUGUCAGAGGUUUAUGUCGGUGUUUGAAUCAAACUGUCACAGCUACUGACAGGAUGUUUUCAGACUAAUUUGAAGGUUUUUACAGCUGCCUCACGUGUAGAUCGUCCUUUUGCAAGUAAUUUCAUGUGGCAGUGUAUUUUUUUAAAGUUUGAGCCAAAAAAUAAAAGGCGUUCUGAUUCAGAGCAGAGGGAUAUUAUCAGACAUACAAUGACCUGAUUAAAUCCAAACUCAUAAUGCUACAUUUUAACUGAUAAUUUGCUUCAACCCCAUUAAUCUUGCAUCUGCAGAAUAUUUUUGCAUCUGUUUUUACUUUUUUUUUACAGCUUGUGUAAAUAAAACUGAAUUAGCCAAAUAUGUCUGGAAAAGGUGUGAGGAUGAAGAUGUGAUGUGCAUUGUGUCUCUUAACAUUGAUUUAAGUGUUGGACGCCCGUUCAUGGGAUCUAAGAAUUACAAAGCUGCUCCUUUUAGGGUGCCUGGCUUUUAUUCUUUACCUGCCUAAAAUAGGAGUUUGGAUAAAGUCAGUAAAACCCAGCAACUGGGUAUACUUUUUUAAUAUUCAAGCAACGAUUUGUUCUCUCCAGGCUCAAAAAAAGGACCUACAAGUCAUAAGAAAUUCCUUCCAGUCCUCUGCAAAGUGUCCACCUCCAGAUUUAUGCGAGUGUUAUCUUGUCCAAAUAAUGGUUAGUGAUAGCAGACAGCUUAGGAUUCCUAAGGACAGCGGAGUGGACAUGUUGCAUUAACUAAUGUUAGGAAGCUCAAUCUGAACAUGACACAGCAGUCAGGCUGCAGGAGCCGGGAUGUGCUUGUCCAGGAAGCAAAUAUGAUGUAAUUACCGCUAUUUUUGGACAGUUGCCAUGAAUCAAUUGUGGGAAUUAGGACAGAAGCACACUGUAUUUGAUGACUUAGGAUCGUACGACCAGGUGUUACCAGGUGUAAAGCAGGUCAAACUGUAUGCUGCUGGUGAACAUAACACUCCAGAGUUAACAUCUUAAUGUGGGUUAAAAUUGGAUUGAUGGAUCAGGGAUUGUGUGGACAUGAGCAAGAAUACUCCCACACUGAGCUAGCCGAAUUUGGAAAACAUCUUUUUCUCUCCUCUCAGGGCCUCCACACACUGAGCAGCGGGGUUUCAUGCCGAAAAGCUGCUUCCCAAAGAUGGUGCAUGCUUGAAAAUGCUGGGCUCAUGUUUUAGUGCAGAUGAGGAGGAUUGAACCUUUUUUGAAGAGCCAGAAAAUAAUGUUUGGAGGCCUGAUACAGCCCUCUGUCUUUAGAAGGGUUGUUAAUCAGGAGAUAACUUUAAGUCCAAUACAGUAAGCUGCAGUAUAUUACGAUACAAUACAAUAAUAUAUGACACAAGUCGAUGUGAGAUGAUAUGAUAUGAUACAAUGCAAAAGCAAUCGGCUUUAUCAAUUAUGAGGGGAAGCCCAUUGAAAGCUGUGUUAUUUUAGUAAAAUAUUCCACUCAUUAUUUCUUUGUUAAGAUAGGUGAGUCAUGUGUGGGCUGGACUUAUUCAUGACUUUGCAUUUUGGUACGAAGCUAAGUUGUGAUAGUAAACCGACAACACCGCCACAUAACCUUAAAACACUGGUAUGAGAAGGUUCAUAUUUAAUGUGACACAUUGCCCUUCAGUCAGUUCAUAAUUAACAAGAAGGAAGCCCUGAAGAAUCUCUUUUUCCUCCUCCCUGAUCACCUGUAGAGCAUGUGACAAGUGUGGGUGGAAUGCAAAGGGCAGAAAGACAUGAGAGAUCAUGGGCUGAAUCUGUAAGGAUGUAAAAAUAAGGAAAUGGGUUGGAUAUAUGGAAAAGGCUGGCAAAUGUACUUGGAUUGUCUGCCCAGGUAUUGCCUGCAUGGCGUACACUGGGAUCUUUGCUGGUUUUAAUAAUUUAAUAAACAGUACACAAAAGUCACAGUUCGGUGGAGGAGAGAAAGGGUGUGUGUCAGUGUCACGGUGUAGCGGAGGGGCAGAGUGAGGCCACUGGUGACGGAGAAGAGGGGGUGUCAUGGUGGAGCAGAGGGGCAGAGUGAGGUUGCCGGUGAGUGAGUGGCCACUUGGACUGGGCGAUUUGGUGGGAAAAAAAAUGAUCACGAUAUAUUUUGUCAUAUCCUCCGAUCUCUACAGAAGUGAGCAAGAAAAAGCUUGACUCUGAUUGGCUGUUGUCACGCACAUUUCCACUGUGAUUGAGUAAAUAUGCUCACAGCUGAUCACCGUGAUCAAACUGAAAUUUAUCACACCCAUUAAUCACAAGCAUAUUAUCACCUAGUCCUAGUGACCACUGUCUUUGAGAGAAACUGUCACCUGUAUAUGAUAUCUACGUAUACUAGGAGAAGGAAGGCAAAGGGUUUGUUGGGGGGGCUUGAUGUACAGCUUCAUUUGUUCAACAGUCCGGGGUCUCCGUUGUCAUAUUUUACGUGUCAUAAUGCACAUUUUCAAUGGGAGACAGGUCUGGACUGGCAGGCCAGUCGAGUACCCACACUCUUUUACUACGAAGCCACGCUGUUGUAACAUGUGCAGAAUGUGGCUUGACAUUGUCUUGCUGAAAUAAGCAGGGGUGUCCAUGAAAAAUACGUUGCUUGGAUGGCAGCAUAUGUUGCUCCAAAACCUGUACCUUUCAGCAUUAAUGUUGCCUUCACAGAUGUGUAAGUUACCCAUGCCUUGGGCACUAAUGCACCCCCAUACCAUCACAGAUGCUGGCUUUUGAACUUUGCAUCGAUGACAGUCCGGAUGAUUCUUUUCCUCUUUGGCCCUGGAGGACAUGAUGUCCACUAUUUCCAAAAACAAUUUGACGUGGGCUCAUCAGACCACAGAACACUUCCACUUUGCAUCAGUCCAUCUUAGAUGAGCUCGGGUCCAGAGAAGCCGGCGGCGUUUCUGGAUGUUGUUGAUAAAUGGCUUUUGCUUUGCAUAGUAGAGUUUUAACUUACACUUACAGAUGUAGCGAUGAACUGUAUUUACUGACAGUGGUUUUCUGAAGUGUUCCUGAGCCCAUGUGGUGAUAUGAUAUCCUUUACACAUUGAUGUCGGUUUUUGAUACAGUGCUGCCUGAGGGAUUGAAGGUCACAGGCAUUCAAUGUUGGUUUCUGGCCAGCUUACGUGCAGUGAUUUCUCCAGAUUCUCUGAACCUUUUGAUGAUAUUAUGGACCGUAGAUGAUGAAAUCCCUAAAUUCCUUGCAAUUGUACUUUGAGAAACGUUCUUAAACUGUUCGACUAUUUGCUCACGCAGUUCUUCACAAAGUGGUGAACCUCCUCCCAUCCUUGCUUGUGAAUGACUGAGAAUUUUUGGGGAAACUGCUUUUAUACCCAAUCAUGGCAACCACCUAUUCCCAAUUCGCCUGCUCACCUGUGGGAUGUUCCAAAUAGGUGUUUGAUGAGCAUUCCUCAAAAUUUCUCAGUAUUUUUUGCCACCUUUCCCAACUUCUUUGUCAAGUGUUGCUGCCAUCAAAUUCUAUAAUUAUUUUAAAAAAACCAUGAAGUUUAUCAGUUUAAACAUUAAAUAUCUUGUCUUUGUAGUGUAUUCAAUUGAAUAUGGGUUGAAAAGGAUUUGCAAAUCAUUGUGUUCUGUUUUUAUUUAGGAUUUACACAUCUUCCCAACUUCAUUGGAAUUGGGUUUUGUAUAUUGUGUAUUUUGUUUUCGCAAAAAGGAGACCUACUGUAUGCUAAUAAUGAUUUCAACAUUAUAAGAGUACAUUUUGUUUUUACAAAAAAACUCCUCAGGCACUUUCAAGUGCAAUCAGGGUCUUCUCAGCAGAGGAUUUGAAUCAAUAACUUAAGUGGGCAGCCAAAUCAGUCAGUCAUAUAAUCUGGCAGAUAAACUGCUGAGGUAGGAUGAGUGCUGUAAAAUAAUUCAGUGUGUAAAUGAAGCCAGCGCUGAGAUGAUAAAGCCACUGUAGAGCUUGUGCAUGAUUGACAGGAAGAACAUAAACAAACCUCAUUUUUUCAAGCCAAUAACUCACAAAUAAUAUCACCUGGCUUUGUUGUUCAGAUGAAAUAUGCAGGUUCAUGCAUCCUGAUUCUGCCCUGUAAUAGGAAACUGUAAAUAGCCACACAUAACAGCGUCAAUGUAUUUGUUUAAUUAUGGGAAGCACUCUGAAUCACUCUUAUGUCCUUAUUGCAACAUGAACAUAAUUCAGGCUGGUAGCUGAUGGAUAUGAGUAGAGCAAACCAUCCACCUAACCCUCAGACGGAGGCGGAGAGGGUGUAGAAGCUGCAGCAUAAAGUGAGGCAGAAAUAAAACCUGCCACAGACCCUGAACCGAAGCACUAUGGAGGUGUUUUUUUCCUGCUUACAUGCUGUAUUGUUUAUUUUUUACCAACACAGUAACAGGAAACUCAAACCUGGUGUUAAACGUGAUGUUCCAGUGCACGUGUACAUUAUAGAUAGACUCUUUUAGAUAGAGCUUUGUACCAAAGAGACGCUUUCAUCAACCCCUACUUUUUAAUGGUAGCUUUAGGACCCCAAGCUCAGUCGAUUUCUUUACAUAUGGUGUUUGAAACUGUGUAGUUCAUCCACUGCCUUUAGCCUCGGAAAAUAGUAGGUCACAAUUGCUGUAAAUCCACUGAAUUUCCCUCUAAUUGUGGAGCUUUGGGUUGUCUCUGCUAAAGUUCCUGUAGAUUUUAAAUGCUUUUUAAAUUAGUAAUAGCGCUACUUCUUCCACAGCAUUAAAGUGUAAAAUCUCAUUUUAUAACAGAGAAUCAGUAUUUAACUUUUAGUAAAGAUCCAGCUAAAACAUCAGUAAUUCACUUCAUUUGAAAGGUGAGAAAAAGGUGCAACAGAGUAAGAAAGUGUCCUCUUCAGUCAGUAAGAGAGACCUAGUCAAAGCCCAGAUCACAUAAUGGGCUUUUCGUUCUGUCAGGCAGUUUAAACCUCUCAUAAUACCCGUUAAUGUGCCUCAAAGCUAAUGUGGCCCUCGUUACCGGCCUAGGAGGAAAGCUGUGGCCUCAUUCGAGCAGCCUCGUUCAAUUUCUGUAAGUCCUCGAGAGAUGAGACGAGGCGAAUCAAGGCAGCACGUUGACCUCGUUUUCAGAGUCCAGAUCAUUCUGUCACUCAUGCAUAAUGAAAAGAGCAACGAUUAGCCAAGAAUGGACAAAGGAAAAUUCAUCUUUUGUUUUCACAUCUAGGUCUAUAAACACAUUUUCAAGGGGCAAAAAAGAAAUCUAUAAAGAGAACAUAUUCAAGUUAUUUGAAAGCUCUGGAAGGUUUUCGCAUGUUAUAAAUAUCUCCUCUUAUUAAAUUGAGAGAUCCAGAAGACCGCCAUCCUGCUCUGUUGUAUCCUAUAUAUAAAGUGUUUGAUUUUCUCUUUGGUGUUUUAUUAGAUUUCUAAAUUGGGAAUCCUUUUUUAAAGCCAGUCUUCUCUGUUUUUCAGGGAAAUGAAGCAAGUUACGCCCUGGACAUGUGCUCGCACUGUAAGUAUCCAUAAAUAAGACUCAAACUCAUUCUAUCAGAAGAAACAGUGUUCAAAUACAAACAAUCACUGCCUCUCCUGACUGUUUAAUAUCCUUUCAUGUGCUUGGGAUUGAACAUUUUUUCUUCUCCAAAUAUGAGGAUCAAAUACAGAUCAGCAAAAACUUCGGUGUGCCAGCCCCCCACAGUGAUUUGCCACCAGUAUGCUACCACUCACAUUUUAUCUCAAGCUACAGAUCCAACGUAUUAAGGUCCUUACACCCCGGGGCUGACACAAAUAUAGAACGCAAAAUUACGAAAUAUUUGGAGAAUUUUGACGCGCCUGACUAUACACAUCAAGCCUGAUGUGAUUUUGCGACUCUCCGGGGAGAAAAAGACGCGUCCCGGGUGGAAGCGAGAAGACUGACACAACAGCGAACUGACUGUUUUUCAGUUCUGAUUAGACACUAGUGUUGAGAUGGUUGUCUUUCAUGAUAGCAUGUACUGAGUCGGGGCCAGUACCAGAUAAGCACAUUAAACUAUAAUCCAUAAAAGUAAGCUAACAAUCGAGACCGUAUGGUGCUGUGACAGCAAUGUGAUUGAGUUUGAGACAGUGAAAAUACAUAUGGUAUGUUGUAUCUGAACAGGUUAGCUUACGAGCUAAAGUUACUUAGCACAGAUGAAAGUUAAAACAAAGACGUUUAGCAAAACUGUUGAAGCACAUAAACUUUCGUCAUACGAGAAAUCCAACACUAUGACUCUCCACAAGUUUGUCCUUCAGGUCGUUAUCUUUGUAAUAUUUGUGUCUUUUUUAUCAAAAAGCACUCUGUUCUCCGACACGUAAACAAUCAGCCGGUCGGCCAUGUUGGAUAUACCGGUGAGUCAGACGCCGCAACAACACGCAAUCUGAUUGGUCAGAAGUGGACACACAGAGAAUGCGAAACUGUAGAAAAAUCAACCAUGAUCCGAAAAAAUUAAUGCUGCAAUAUCGCAGGACGGGAAAAUGUCGCUGAUGUGAUUGCUUGUAUUGACAGGAUACGGGUUUGAAAAAAAAAAAUUGACGUCCAAAAUAAUCGCACGUAAAAAACGGUCCCAGUGUGUAAGGACCUUUACUCUGAAGAACAUGAAGAAUUGUGAUUAUAUCUUAUUGUUUUUCCGCCUUAAGUCACUGUUCAGUCUGGCAGAUGUUAGCUUUUGCUUGUCAUGAUCACUACGGCCUAACUGUCCUCAUGCUCCGUCCCUUGGCUUUUCAGGCACACAUUGGCACAUACACACACACCUACAUCCUCCAGCUCCUCUCCCUGCUCUCCUCCCUCCACCUUUGGCUGCCUGAUAGUUUGUAGUGAUGCAGCACAACAUUUUAACAAUAGAGCAGUCCACACCCAUCCCACUUUAUGGCAUGCUGAGGGCCCCUUUUUGAUCUCAUACCAAACGAACCAAACACAGCUUUACCAUUAUUUUGAGUGUGAAACAGGUGAGGAUCAUAGUUGUUACAGUAACAGAAAACCCAAUUCUCUGUGCUGAUGGAUAGAAGUCAUCAGUGGGGUUUGCCCGGUAAUGGUUGGUCCAUGAUGGAUGGUAACAGCACCACAUGCUGCACCUCCUUUUUCUGUGUGACCCAGACUCCUGACACUCUUCGGCUAAAAAUGCCUCAACGCUCUGCAAAGGUCAGUGUCGGGCUGCUGGGAAAACCUGGUUUAUUUUGGUCGCAGCAAUAUCCCAUUUUUAAUUAGCUUGUCCCCUCGCUCCAACCCCCCUGCCUCCAGAGAGAAAAACUUGCUGCUUAAUUAGAAAAUAAUGACUCUAAAGUGUAGCACCCCCCUCAGGAUGACAGAGGUGUGAGCUGUACUUGGUGUCAGAGUCACAUCAAGUGUGCUGAGUGGGUGGCACUCCUAAUGAGCUGUUAAUAAAAGGUGUGAGGAGCAGGAGGGACCCAGCAGGGGGAGGUUUACGACCUGAGCAGACUCAGAAAGCAGCCUUAUGAAUGUUUGUUUAUAAAUCUAUAAGCCAGAGCAGAGCCUGUUUUUAGGACCGUGGAAGUAGCUCAUGUUAAGGGCUGGACCUUAAGGUAGCAAGAUCUCACUCUGGCAGCUCAGGUCAGACACAGGGUUCCCGCGGGGUCUUAAAAAGUCUUAUAAGCAUUGAAUUUAUGAAUUUGGAAAUAAUACUUUAAAAAGUCUUCAAUUUUGAUAUCUGGGUCUUAAAUGUUAUGCUGUAUGUAACUCAGGGCUCAAAGUUCUCCAGCAUGAGCCGUUUUAGAGUCCAAAUCGAAGAACUGUAUCUAUAGAUUUACCUGCUGUUUUUCUUUUCACUUAUGGUCUCUGAAAUUUAUGUCCAUAAUACUAAUUGAUCGGAUCCAAAAGAUCUAAUCUCUUCCAUGCGCCGUCUGUGACACUCAUCAUGAACCUUUUCCUCUGCCUCCAUCAGCUCCACUUUGCUUUCCUGCUCCAGUCUCUGCUCUUCCAGUGAAGGGUUCUUUAGACCAAGAGAUCGCUCCAUUUCUGCUCUGUGUCUCUUUGCUCCGUCAAAAUCACCAGAUAAAAAUAUAUAAAUAUAAAUAUAUAUAUAAUUAGCGUAAUUAUUGAUAUAUCGCCCAAUGCUAGAAAUGGCUAUCAAUUUUCCCACAGUUUUCACCUAGACUAUAUAGUUUUUUUUAUCCCUAUUGGAUCAAGGGAUAUCAAGGACCCAAAAGCCAACAAUCUCAAUAUUAAAUGGACUUUGAGGAUUCAGGAAAUGUAUGAUCAUCCAUUCUAUUUCUUUGUGAGAGGUUACUGUGAGCCUUAAAAUAGCAGUAACCGGCUCAGGCCCAUUCACCUCCAUUCAUUCUUUGAACCAGCAUUAUGUAAAAAAUCCCCACACCAAUUGUUUAGAUGUAAUGAUAUUAUUACUAAUACCAAUUCAGUAAUAAUCAACGACCAGGUAGACAUUUUUCCUUUCAAUCAAUCAGUAAAAUUCACUGAACAUAGCAACUAAUUACAAGUAUGAAUAGUAAUGAUUGAAUCAAAAAAGCAUUACAGUUCUUUGUGAUCAUAUUCUUUUUCCCUUCAGUGCGUUACAUUUUCACGCGAAGGUCACUUGACUUUUGGCACUGACAAGAUGCAGUGCAUGGGUUUGGCUUACAGCCGCAUUAGGCUGUCCUGCAUCCAGUUGUGUAGCCAAGGGUCACUAGCUCCUCACAGGCAUCUUAGACUGGGCUGUAUUUUCAGAAUCAUGUGACCCUGUAGGUAUUUCAUAAAGGUUCAUAAUUGGAUUUGAAUGAAAGCUACAAAUGUUCCCUUUAAAAUGACAUCAAACACAAUAUUAGAUUUGAUUAGAUUAGAUUUUAUUAGAUUUGCUCUUGCUUUUACUCAUGUACAGCAUCUUUGAGUUCUAGAAAAGCGCUUUACAAAUAAAAUGUAUUGAUAUUAUUAAACACUGAGGGUGCCCUGACUAUGAGUCUAAACCAGUUUGGGACACCUUGAACUUUCAAAAAAUGCUGGUUGCCCACUUUUCCUCAAAAAUACCUAUGUAUACCCCUGUAAACAUCAUUCAUGUUUACAUUUUAAGGCUAAUGAAGACGGGCCAGAAGUGGGCAAUAAAACCUUUUGGCAAUAAAAAGCCAAAACGUUUGGCUUUUUAGAACCAACACAUGACGGUUUCAAAGAGUUGGAAACAGGUACUAGAAAUAAGGGCUGGGAAAAUAUGCUUUUCUCCUGAUUCGAUUGUUCUACGAUUUUUUGGAUGCCAAUUAGAUUUAGAUUGCAAUUCUACGAUAUUGUCAAUUUUCAAAUAUUUAGUCUGCAUUUUUAACAGCAGUGAAACAGUUGAAGGAUUAUGAUUGUCUACUGACUAUUCCAGGAACCAUAUUUCCCAAAAAAAUUGAGUGAUUUAAAAAUUGUAAAACAAAAAAUUGUGAUACUUAUGUGAAUUGAUUUUUUUCUUCCACCCCUACUAGAAAUAUAUUGUUGUUGAUAGUAACGCACCUGUUGAGGUAACCUCAUCAAAUCACUCAAGACAAGUUAUUUUAUACUGACGGGAGUAAUGAUUAGAGGUGCAGAGUUUUCACCGUCGUUCAGACCAGGGUUAAAGUAUGGGUAGAGCUCCUCAGUGAAGGAGCUGCCAGUAAAGGAGUAAAUCAGAGCUGGAGUAUUUACAUCAUAAAAUACGACCAGACCCUCCUCAUAAUCCACAAACACCCCCACCUUCUCAGGCUGAGACUUCAGGGAGAGACUGACUGAAGGCCAAGCAAGAGCUUUAUACUCGUGACCAUCUCUCAACCAUAUGGUCCAGUAACCAUUGUCAGGACUCAGUUUUAUUUUUCCUUUCCUGUUGAUUGACUUGCUGGCCACUCCUAAAUCCCAGCCUGUCUUUCCUUUAACUUGAACCUCAUAGUAAAAUCUACCUGAAGAGAAACUCUGCUUUCCUAAAACAGAAAUACAACCAGAAAACCUCUCUGGGUUGUCUGGAAGAUUCCUAUUUGCCUUGCUGAGAUAAACUUGUUUUCCAUCAUCAGACAGGUUGAGCCAGGGAUUUGCUGUAUCAGGUUCCAGAGUCACAUCCACUUUAUACUUCCGGAUUCUCUUCAGCUCAGCUUGAACCAACAGCUUCUUCAUGUCUGCACUGAGAGUCUCCUCCAGCUGAGCCACUGCUCUGAUCACAGAAUCCUCAAAUGAAGGUGGAUGGACAUUAAUUCCUGUCCAGUCUUUUGUUGAUGGUAGGUGGUUGAUGUUCAUGGACUGGACUAUCUGGAGAAAAUGGAGGUGGUCUUUAGAGUGUGAGAGCUGCUCCAGCUCAGAUCUCCUCACCGUUAGCUCAGAGAUUUCUCCCUCCAGCUCCUUGAUGAAGUCUUGGGCCUGUUUCUCUGUUGUUUUCUGCUUCUCUUGGAUGGAGUUCAUGAGCUCAGCUUGGCCAACCUCAACAGACUUCUUCAGAGCGCUGAAGACUUGAACACCUUCUGCCAUCUUUCUGUCUGCGUUUUUUCCACUGAGGUCCACUGAGUGUUUGAUCUCCUGGAUCUUCUCUCGUCUCUUUUGGAUCAUCUGCCUUAUUUCAGCCUCUGUCUUCCCCAGCUCGGCCUUCUUUUCUUCAUAUUCUGUUUUCAGAGGAACAAAUUCGUGUGUCUUGUGGUCUAAAACAGAGCACAGCAUGCAGACACAGGUCUGGUCGGUUUUACAGAACAGCUCCAGAGGUUUAUUGUGAUUCAGACAUAUCCUGUCCUCCAGGUCCUCCACAGGGUCUAUCAGCUCAUGUCUUUUCAAUCGUGGCGCUGUCAGGUGAGGCUCCAGGUGAGUCUGACAGUAGGAGGCCAGACAGUCUAAGCAGGACUUCUGGGCCUUCUGCCUGGUUUCAGUGCAGAUAUCACAGAGGACUUCUCCUGCCUCUGAGCUGCUGCUGGCUUGCUGCUGAGCUUCGUCUCUGAACUGAGCCACCAUUUCAGAGAUGAAAGUGUUGACCUUCAGAUCAGGUCUUGUGGUAAAAACUUCUUUACACAUGGGACACGAGGCACUUUUGUUUGUAUUCCAGAGUUUAGUGAUACAGUUUUUGCAGAAGUUGUGUCCGCAGGGUGUGCUGACAGGAUCAGUGAACACAUCCAGACAGAUGGGACACAGAAACUGAUCCUCCUGUCGUGAGUAGUUUGCAGUAGCCAUACCUACACACAGAGUGAGAAAGAGAAGACGACUUAUGACCUCUUUUGUCACUUCAAAUAAACCUUGUAGUGUAAUGGAGAGACUCUUGGAACCGGUUCCAGCUAGUUUGACCCUAACUUGCUCCUACAUGUAUGUCCCUCUGAGCAAAAGUGUUCGAUGAGUGAAAGUAAAAUAGAGAGAGAUCAGGUUACACCAAUAUCAGAAAAGUGGAAGAGGACAAAAUUCUGUAUCAUUAAGACUAACAGGUAUUUUAGGUCCUAAGAAGUGACCCUGUACAGGAUCGUGACAUGCGAACCGAAAGCCACAGUUUGACUGUUUCAUAACCAUGACUGUGAAAAAAAGAGUCAAACACAGAGCUGUGGUUCAGUGUUGAUCCUGGUUGUUAGGAGUGUAAGUAUGAUCAGCUGUACUCACCGUGUUUGGAGAUGCUCUGCUGUGUUGUCGACAACAAUUGAUUAAAUCAGUUUCAGAGAUAAAGACACGUCUCGACCUCGAUGCAGCUUACUCACUGACAAACUUUCACUUUCACUUCUGUGAAAUGACAUCAAGCCUCUCCUCCUCCUCCUCCCACUGCAGCUCUGUUGGUCGAGUCUUGUUACUUUCUUCUGAUUUAUUAGACUGCUGUGAAAUACAACUUGUAUUUUUUUUUGUACAAAACAAAGACAGUUGAUGUUAUUUCAGUCACUUACUUUUAUAAGCAGUUUUUUUUUUUUUAUGUGACAGUGGUGCAGAAAUUAUGGCUCCUUGUUUCUAUGUAUCAUUACUCCAUCUAGUGGUUAAGAGGUCUACAUCGAGGCCUGGUGUUGAUGCAGUGUAGCAGGGAGUGCUUAACUGGAGGAUAGCAUCUGGCAUAAAUAAAAUAUAUCUUAGCCCAAUAUAUUUCUUUUUUCAUAUCAUAAAUUAAUUUAAAAUCCAUCUUAAACUGACGAUAAAAACUCGGAGCACUGUAACAGCACUGGGCAGCGUCUUCUAUUACAGGCUUCUUCACCUGCUGUGUGUGACAGUCAGUCUGUUUAACCAGUCCUGCUCUCUGUAGUCCAGGUUUUUCUAGCACAACUUAUAGACAAUAACACAGUAUUGCCCCUAUGUGUAAUACUGAUAGGCCAGAUAUUUAUUACGAUUGUAAAUACCUCAAUUUUUCAGAGGGAAACUCAAAUAAUGUGCAAUAACAUGUCCAAUUCGUUUUAGUUUUUUUGUUGUUGUUGCUUUUUUCCUCUUUUUUUAUUUUGAUGCACAUCAAAUUAUUGUUAUUAUUAAUUAUUAUUAAUUACAAUUGUUAUAAUUAGUAAAAUGCCAAAAAAAAAAACAAUACAAUAUCAGCAAUAUUUAUCUGUCAUUGGCUAACCUGCUACACUUGCUACUGCUAAAAAACUCAAAUCGGUCGACCACUUAUAAUAGUAAUACAUUAAAAAAAAAAUAAAAAUAAAAUCUUAUUAUUAGGCUGAUGAUAUCCCUUAAACCCUACAGUAGAUUUAAAGAUGUCUUGUUUUUUAUUUAGUUAUUUAUUUAUUGUGUGUGUGUGUGUGUGUGUGUGUGUGUGUGUGUGUGUGUGUGUGUGUGUGUGUGUGUGUGUGUGUGUGUGUGUGUGUGUGUGUUUUAGUUCUGGUAAAGUUUAGUGAUUUGAAUUUGUGGUAAAAGGUUUAGGUUGAUAUUGAAUAUAAGAGACAUUUUUGCAUUGUUACAAAGGGCACUACUAACAAGUUUGUACAAAAAAAACUAAUUUAGAUUUAAGACAGUUUACCUGGAAUACUAUUGUAUUUAGUAUAUUUAGUCUGUAUUGUACAAACUUCUUCUUAUAUAAAAUUUUAUUUUGUGUUUUUUGCUGCUGUAACAUGGGAAUUUCCCAGUUUGGGAUCAAUAAAGUCUGUCCGUCCGUCCAUCUGUCUGUCUAAAAAACGUCAACAUUAUGUCACAACUGAAAUGCAAUAUUGAUCAGAUUAUAAUAAUGAAAAAUGAUGGAUAGAUGAAAAGUUUAGAGUCAAGCUCUGACUAUAGAAGUUAAUGAUAGUAAGUGAAUAUGAAACAUCAUCUUGUCGGUGUAUUAAAUAAGUUUCAAACUCUAAACCAAGAACAAAGUGAAAGAAAAUCAAAGGCAGUUGUGGUUGCAUGUCAGAAUUCUAUAAAACUGGAAGUUGUUGUAACUCCUUCAUACAGUGUUCAGUUUCUUAUCACAUCCACAUGAUCAAGGUCCGUCCCUGAAUAUGUCUGUGUGCCCAUUUCUCAUCCACAGUCAUAGCAAUAUGGUGCCAACUGUCACAUUCAAUGUCCUAUCUCUACCAAACUUGGUCCCGGCCUGAACUCAUCCACAGUAGUGGUUCUAGGCACGGGCGAACAGGGCAGCCGCCCGGGGCGGCAUUUGUGUCAUGACUCAUGGGGGGAGGCACGAGCACUUCCAAAAAAAUAAAAUAAAAGAUAAUAAUAAUGAAUCUUAACCGCAAAGCGGUUUUGUAUUAACUCUUGUUGUCAAAUUGGCGCCCCCCCCGCUGCUGUAGGCGCCCCUGCUUGCUGCGAAAGUGCUGCACAGAGGCUGACAGACUGUGUGCGAUGAGGCGGGGAGAGAGUCGCGGGGGGACAGCUCUGCUCUGUGUACGCAUGUCAGCAUAUCAGCGGGAGCGCGGAUACGUCAUUUUGUAGUUUUUUAAUCAUUUCUGGAGUCGCGGUGAAUGAAAUCACCGUACCCGUCUGCCUUUGAUAGGCGAAUAAAGCGCUCGGGUUCAUGCUCGGAUCUUGCUACGUGCUUGAUGAGCUUCGUGAGUAAAGUAAACAAUGACUGAGGCAGAGAGCAGCUUCAGAGGAGAAACAUCCAGCAGUGUGAACAACCUCUUCAUAGGGAGUGCUUUGGCUCACACUAUCAGCGUUUUCUCUGGGUGUUGCAUGACUUUGGGUGAGAACAGAGAUGAACACACUGUCAGCCACGUAUUUAUUUAUUCAUUUUUUAGUUUUUAGUUCUGCUUUUGUACUGGCACUAUACUGGGGCAGCUGUAUACCCUUUCAACACCUUAUUUUCUAUAUUUACAUUUGUAUUGAAUGGACACUUUAUCAUGACUGCCACUUGUUUUACAGAAAGCAAAUUAUUUGUCAUUCUCCAGUGCAGAGCCUUUACUUUUAUUUAUACAGCCACUUUAUUUCAUUUGAGUUUGUUUGUUCAAGGUUUUCAAAAAUGUGAUGAAGGUUUGCAAAACUAAAAGAGAGCUUUCUUGACAGCCACAUGUUUAAGCUCUCAAAUACUUUCUGAAUUUUGUUUCUAUCUACUACAGAGGCCGAGAUAGCAGCUUUUUUGUAAACCUUAACACGUCAGAAAACCUCAGGAUCUGGGGGCCCUUCUCAAAAUGGCCCUCAGGAUUGUGUUUUUUUCUAUUGAAGGAUUUCUGCAAUUGAGAAAUAUAUUAUUUUUGUUGUUAUAAUAAUAAUAAUACUACAUAGUAAUACAAAACUAUCUGUUCAAAAUUCUAUCUCUUUUUGUGUUUGUGUGUGUGUGUGGGGGGGGGGGGUCGCCCGGGGAGUAAUUUGGUCUAGAACCGCCACUGCUCAUCCACAUGCAUUUUUGUCAAAGUUAUCAUGACACCAAUCAGACAGAAGCAGCUCAUCUGACUUAGCCUUAAAUCAUCACCGCACUGUUGUGAAGAUUCCCAAAGAUUACACCACUACAGGUAGAAGCAGCCGCUACACCAUCUACAGUAUGUGCUGUAAAUGAAACAUGCAGGCUGACAGUCUCAGUCUGAGCAGAUCUACAAAGACAUUGAGCUCAUGGACAUUAUACUACUCAGUCCUGCAAAGUCAUAGCUGCAGCACAGACGCAUUAUGCCCCCCACCUGCACCGUGUGUCGCUGAUUCAUGGUGUUUAGCAGAGUGAUUAGUGUUGAAAGAGGUGUCACAUGACCCCGUGUUAGGGCUUAGAGCGAGGUAACAGGAGGUCCGGCGGCACAAGGUUCAAGCAGACCUGUGCAGAGAGAGCAGCAGCUCUUGACAAACUAUGGCCAGUGCCAAGAAGAAACCAGGUGAGGCUGUCAGGGAAACGAUUCCUCGCAGAGAGGAAACACAGCACAGGUGGACGACAGGUGUUUUUAUGAUAGUGCACCUAAAGCUAGCGGGAGAAAUAUCGCACAAACUAACCGUGGUUGUCCAAGUUGUUUUCUCCUGUUUAAACUUCAGUUUUCAUCUCUUAACGACACUCUCUCUCUCUUUCUCUCUCUCUUCUGUUUCUUUCUCAUUUCAGUUGAUGCUGAUGAGAUUAAGAGACUAGGAAAAAGAUUUAAGAAACUUGACCUAGAUAACUCCGGCUCCCUCAGCGUGGAGGAGUUUAUGUCCUUACCAGAGUUGCAGCAGAAUCCCCUCGUGCAGCGAGUCAUCGAUAUAUUUGACACCGACGGGAACGGAGAAGUGGACUUUAAAGGUAAAUAAACCACUAUGAUCCACAUCAAUCCUGCACAGUCAAGUUAAGUUUCAUCUCCUUUGUGAAAGUUUAUCCUACUUACUUAUAAACAACCUUUUUGGCAAUUUUUGAACACUGAAACCUAAAAAAUGUUGUCAAUUUAGGAAAAUAUAUGCUCAUUUUAAAUUUCAUACCAGAACAUGUUUAAAAAGAAGUCAGUAUAGGUUCAUGUGUGCGUCAUUAGCUCUUCUUUGAACAACACUUUGUAAAUGUGUUUAAAUCCUGGAGACCAGUUCUUGUCCCAUCCUUUACUAUAGGAUUUCAGCUGCUUAGCGCUUCAGGAUCUCCUUUGCCCUGUUUUUCAUCUCAAAGGGUGAAAAGUCAAGUCUGGCUUGCUUAUUGUCUGGAUGGCAGCAUAUGUUACUCCUAAACCUGUAUAUGUAGUUUAGCAUGAAUGGAGCCUUCACAGAUGUAAAAGCUACCCAUGACAUUAUGGCUUUUGACUAUGAGCUGAUAACAAGCUGGGUGGACCCUCCUCUCUUUCGAGUGGAGGACAUGGCAUCCAUGGUUUCCAAGGAGAAUGUCAGGUUUUGAUUUGUAAAAUCCCUGAAAUGAUUCUCAAACCAUGAAAAUCAGUUUUCUCAUUCAACACGUAACAGCGCCUCAGUUUUGGGGGGGAUUUCGUUGUGCAUAUACCCUUUGAAAAGCAGCUCAAUGUUGUCUUUGUAUUAAUCUGCAUCAAGAAACUCCAAAACAACCCAUUUUCAGUGGUCCUCUGACUUUUUUUAAAUUAUAUUAACAGAUUUCUAACUUGAACGGUUUCUGUCUCUUUGCAGAGUUUAUUGAAGGCGUCUCCCAGUUCAGCGUGAAAGGUGACAAGGAGCAGAAGUUGCGCUGUAAGUAUCUAGCAUACACUGAAGACAUUAAAUUUUUAUCAAAUUCAAGAGUCGUAUGUCAACAAAAGUCAUGGAACUUGACGCUCAUACUCGCGCUGCUGCUAAACUUAAACAUGAGUUAAACAGGAAGGUAAUGUUUAAAUGUCCUCUGACCUGAUAUGGUAAAGCGUAACAUGAAGAUCCUUAGGGAGAAGAGGUUUGCAUAGAGCCUUUGAAAUAAACUCUUUGCCGUCAGUGUGAACGGACAAACCUCCAGUAUUCAUACUCCAAGUUUUGACUUUGUGUCACCUCUCUGACCUCAGUCGCCUUCAGGAUCUACGACAUGGACAAAGACGGUUACAUAUCCAACGGGGAGCUCUUCCAGGUCCUCAAAAUGAUGGUGGGUAACAACCUGAAGGACACCCAGCUCCAACAGAUCGUCGACAAAACCAUCAUCAACGCAGACAAAGACGGAGACGGGAGGAUAUCCUUCGAGGAGUUCUGUGCGGUGAGUUUUGGCGAAGCGUCACGUCAUCCAUUGCGUGCUUUAGCCACAAUGGAUGUUUGGCAGCUCCGCCCCUUUAAUGAGAAACUGACGAGAGAAACAGGGUGCAAGCUAGGCUACAGUUUUUAGUAGACGGGGCUGACUGCUGAGAAAUUUUGAGAAUUUUGCCCCUCUCUUAGUUGAAGCACACACACAGAGAAAUUUUGAGCCCACAAUGAGUCUAUUCUCUCAUCGUGAGAGGCAUAAGGUCACUUUUUGUUUUCUCCUACAGGUGGUGGGUGGAUUAGACAUUCACAAAAAGAUGGUGGUGGACGUCUGACAACCUCGUGUCUCGCUGCGUUUACUGAAGUUCUGCUUGAAGACGUCGUCCAGCUUAACUCUCUGCUUUUUCAGUAUUUUCUCUGUGAAAAUCCUCCCCCUCCUCUCCCCCCCUUCCCCCCUCCUCCUCCCCUCCCUCCCCCCACCCCUAAGCCAAACUCUCUCCAAGUAUUACCGAACAGGAACUCUCAGUGACUCGACGUCGCACUUUUAACAGCGGACGGACGGCGUUUUAACGCAGAGCGGCGGUUUCACUUUAGUGGAGGAAAGCUGGAGUGUGUAUGUGUGCGAGUGUGUGUCUGUCUGUCCGUCUCUGAGAGCGUGUGUAUUUUCUGUAUGUUUUGCUGGUUUUUCAAGGUAUGUGGGUUUUUUAUAUUUAUUUUGGUGUCAUAGUUUUUCGUUUGGAGAAUCAGAGGAAGAGUAUCUUUAAAGUAAACUUUAGUGGAUGAGUGUGUUUCGCCGUGAUGUUUUACUUGAGUUCAGAAACAGAGCAUGAAGUGCCAACACCACAUUUACUGACAUGCAGUUUACUUAUAAGUGAAAUCUGUGUCCUUAUUUUAGAGCUGUAACCGUAUUAUUGAACGCAUUUAUCUUAUCGGAGUGUUGCAUUAUUUACACUUGAACAUCAGCUUCAUUUUACCUUCACUUUUGGAAAAAAAAAAACGUCAGGAAUAAACGGGCAGAUUGUGCACUGCAUGUUUUUUAAACAACAGACUUGGACUCAGACGAGGAGCUUAUGAUUGAUUUAAAGUGAAAACCUGACAUAAAUUUGUUGAAUUUCUGCAGAAAUCUGUGAAAAAUGUGCAGCUAACAAAUUCCCCAAACAUGUUAGAAACUCAGUUUUUUGCUCAUCGCAUUAAGAGGAAGGAUGCAGAUCAACCAUUUUGAUCAUUUUAUGAGUAAAUUUGAAAUGAUUAGAUUCAAAAACAUGCAAAAACUAUUCCCGCUCCUUUCAAUAGCCCAUAUUUUACCCAAUGGAGGAUUAAAAACUAAAAUAGUUUGUUCAGACCAAAAGUGAAGGCAAUAUGUACAUGAGGUUAGCACAAGGAGUGACACAGUCUUGUAAAACUAGGGUCACAUGUUUUUUGUUGUAUAGAGGCAAUAUUCAAUUCAUGAUUUAGUUAUAUUUACAGUUAUUUUAUGUUUAAUCUGUGAUUUAAGUCUACAAAAAUGUGAAAAAAAAGUUAAGGGAACCUAAAAAAGUUUUCAUUUCUAGCUUCAUUACACUCUUCAUUUACAAUCAACUAUGUUAAAGAAAAGCAGUAUAACUUCAAAAUUAAGACAAUGGAAGCAACAAAUCCUUAAAAAUGCUGCUGAAUAAGUGAAUCAAAUGAUCAGAAAAAUCUGCGUUAAAUUGAGUGAAUCAUUAUCUUUUCAUUUACCUAUAAAUUAGUCAAUCAUCGCAGAUUUUUUCUAACUCUUGCAAAAAAAAAUGUGUGUCCUACAAAGCUUUGACUUCUGAUGUAUAUACAUGAAAAAAACUCAACCCCAUUCUCUUAGCAAACAUUUCAAGAGUUUCUCUCCUUUUUCUUGCAGACAGACCUGUCAAAUCCUGAAUUUACAGUUUUUAUAAACCUGCAUCACUGCGAAGUUGUUUCAGCUGGUUCAUUGUAAUAACAUCUCCAGUGAAAUCUACUUCAGGGCUGCAGUACCACAGAUUUCAGCGUUACUUAUUAGAUACAGUGAAACUGAGACUCAGCGUAAAAGAUGGAGCUACAGCAGGAGAAUUUGUUUCAUGUAGUUUAAAGUGAAAUUUGUAUUGUCAGGGUUUAUAGUGCUGCAGAAAGAUGGACUUCAGUGUGACUUGUGAGAUACAGUGAAGCUAGGACUCAAGAAAGACUGGUAGAUUUGCAGUAGACCAGAAUCCAUUGAGUUAAAUCCCUAUAAAUUGUCCGGUCAAGGUUAACAGCGCUAUUGUAAAACAGAUUUUCAUAAGACUUGCUAGAUAAAGUAAAACUAUGACACAGAAUUGUUAAUUUAUACAAUAAAACUGAGACUUAGCCUAAAUAGAGGUAGCCAAAGUGAAACUAAGACUUGGUGGGGGCGGAUGAAUGUACAGUAAAAUUGUGAUUCACGGGGAAAGGAUAAAAAUGGAAUUGAACCGAGACUCAGUUUAGGCAGAUGGAGUUACUGAGAAACUGAGACUUAGCAUGACUAGAUAAAGAAGCAGCCAAAUUGAGACUCAGUAGGGAAGGCUGGAAAUACAGUGAAACUUGGACUUUAGGAAGUCAGAUGGAGCUACUGUGAAACUGAAUCUCAACAUGGAUAGGGGGAGAUACAGUGAAUUGGAAACUCAAUGGAGGUAGAUGAAAUUAUAAAGGAACUGAGGCUCAGCACGGAUCAGUCGAGGUACUGUGAAGCUGAGAUUCAGUGGAGGUAGAGAUACAGUGAAACCAAGACUGACGGUUAAUCUUUAACAUCACAGCUAAUGAUAAAGGAGUGGAAACUAUCGGUUUGUGCCUCAGGAUGAUGCUAAGAACUUUUUUAUUUUCCAUCAGAUUUUGAGGGAUGAUUUUCACUGGUGGUGUUUUGAAGCAAAGUCAGGAAAAUUAUCUUUACUUUUGGUCUGAACACACAUUAACGCCCCUGAUCAUUGAACAACACGCAGAAAUCCUUCCCCCUUGAAAAGACUAAUUUACAGUUUCAGUUUGAACAGGCUGCACGUGUUUUUACUCCUGUAAGAUACCAUGAAAAGCUUCUUCAUUUGAGAGACGGCAGAGUUGGCAGAGACAGGACUCAUAUUCUGUGAUCAUGUGUGCGUUUGCAGCUCCUCUUGCUUUUUGACUGUCUCAUCUUUAUACUCAAACUUUCUUUGCGAAGCCGUCGAGGAGAGAAACAAAAAAAAGGGCGUCUGUCAGACUGAUUUAUUUUGUGACGCGCUGCAGAGACUUUUCUACCUGAAACAGACGACUUGUGAUGUGUUUGCAUGAUGUGUGAUCUGAUCUCUUUUUUUCUUCUGCCUGUCACUGUUUGCAUGUAGAUCAGCUUUUCUUAAAGCUCUUUUUUUCAAAGCUCGAGUUUACCAGGGGGGUCAUAGCAUUUAAUGAAAUGAGCGAAAUGUCUUGCAGAUGCAAACAAAUCUAUCCUGUGCAUGCAAGAGUAUGUCGAUAGUAUUACUGGUGAGCACUUGCACUGACGAGAUAAAUUUUUGUGAGGUAGAAUAUUUGAAUUUUUAUACUCUCAAAUAUGCAUGUUUAAUAGUUAGAAGUCAUCAACUAGCUACUUUCUAUAUCCCUUACACAGAGUUGUUUCUUUAGCUGUAAUAGUUUCAUAUUUUAAAGAUGUGAAAUGGUGUCAGGGUUGUGUUAUUAUCAGAUAAAAUGUUAUAUAAAAUGUGUUUCAUGGUGAGGAUCAGUAAUCUGAACAUAUUUUCUCUUUGUUUUCUUUAUAUCCUUUUUGCAUUUUAGAAGUUUUGGCUCAUUUCAUGAAAUCCGGUGAGACCGUGUUGUUUACAUGUUAAUAAUAAUGAUAAAUAAUAAAACAUAAACGUUUCAAGCACGUGGAUGUUGCCAAUAAAUACUUUAAAUAUGUAUUAUUACUCUUCUGAAACACUGUUAUCUCAGCCACACGCUCUGUAUUUUUCUUUUUUCUUUUCUGUUGGAGCUUCCUGCUGGUUUGAUUUCGGGGCAGAGCUGAAAUGUCUUCUGUUGGUUUAAAGGGACGAUUUUUUUUCUUCUUCUUUCUUUCUUUUUAUUCAGUCUUAGAUUUGUACUCCUGUUUUCAUCUCUGCUGCAUCACUUGAAACUUCAUACACCAAAAAAUGAGAAAUAAAAAGUUUGAAAGUUGUUA